AUGACAGCGAAAGCAGUGUCGGACCUGACUGCUUAUCGCCCAUUUCCGACCGAUGGCGGUUGCAAAUGGUUUGGCACAGCGCCGCUCUGUAACCAUCACUGUCCUCCGGAGUAUGAUUACAUUCGGAGCAGUAAUGGUCGCUGUAGCAACUGGUGGUUUGCUGGUGUAUGUAAGCCGGAUCCAAGUUUCGGUGAACCAUGCAGUACCAUACUGGGCAGCAAAUUCCAGAAACGUUUCUGCUGCAAGUCUAAGCUUGUUUUAUGA